AUGGUCACCUCGGUGCUAGAUUCAACAGUCGAUUCAUGGGCUACCAGUUAUGUUUCAAUUGUUUCGGGAAAUACUAAUAGUGUUUUAUUUGCUUCAUUGAUGAUGCUUGUAAGUUGUGAAUAUAAAACACCUCCUAUAGAUAAUUUAAAUGAAUCACAUGUUUUAUUAAACAGAGAAAAAGAUCCAUUGUGUCAUUCAGAUAGAGCAGUUCCUGUUAUGAAAAAACAUCAAAUGAACAAUUGUCUAAGAUGGUGGUACACUGGUCAAUCAUUUCAGCAAAAUUUUUGA